AGGACACUUUUUCUCGAAGUAACAGUUGCCAAGCACAAACUCCAACACGUAGCAGGUGCCCAAGCACGCUUGCUGACGUUUGCGGCCCGCGGCCCACAAAUUCCCGGCUGAUAGACUCAAUUUUAGAAAAGUAUCCGAAUCCAACGGUUCAAAUAAGGAUCACAUAUAUCCUACCAUGAGAUUGCCCUCUCCGAAUUCUUUAUCUCCUAUUCUAUUCUAUUGUUCAAUUUCAGGCAAUUUUUGCCAUCAGUGUUCAGUACAGAGCAGAGAGAAAGAGAGAGCAUUUUCUUAAUUUGCAAGCUCAGUCAUGGAACCGUAGAUUAAGGGUUUCGGAGGACUGCAUUUGUGGGGAGUGGGGUUCAGAUUGUGGUGGUUUUGGACCUUGAACUCCGUGGAAUGGGCAAAUCACCAGGGAAAUGGAUCAAAACCCUACUUUUUGGGAAGAAAUCGUCCAAAACUAAUUUGUCCAAAGGAAGAGAGAAAGUUCAAAAUGAGAAAGAGAUUUGGGUUUCUGCCAAGGCAACAGAAGCUGACAUGGAUUUGGAUCUUCCCCUAGCUUCAGAUCUGGUUUUGAACUCCAUUGAUGAAAAUGAAGAAAGGAUGGAAGAAAACGGAACAACUGCAAAUUUACCACUGGAAGGGGCGAUCGCAUUGCAAGGGAAUCAAUAUGCAGAUGCACCUGAAACCACAGAACUAGAUGUUCCUAAAGAUCCUGAAAGAAUCAGACAAGAACAAGCUGCCACGAAAGCACAAUCUGCUUUUAGGGGUUAUAUGGCUCGCCGAGCAUUUCAUGCCCUCAAAGGAAUAAUAAGGUUGCAGGCGCUUGUUCGUGGGCACUUGGUGAGGAGACAAGCUGUUUCUACUCUACUCUGUAUGCUGGGAAUUGUGAAGUUACAGGCCAUUGCUCGUGGAAGAAAAAUCAGGCAUUCUGAUAUUGGCUUUGAAGUGCAAAAAAAGUGCAUUCUAGUGAAGCCUUUGGAGAGCAAGCAUGUGGAUCCUGUUGGAGUCUUCAAAUCUGCACGAAUAGCAAAGCUUUCAGCAAAUACUUUUGUUUGUAAGCUUCUUGCUUCAUCGCCCACUGCGAUGCCCCUGCACCUCCAAUAUGAUUCUACAGAACCAAAUUCAGUCUUGAACUGGCUAGAAUGCUGGUCGGCAUCCUUCCUUUUCAAGCCAGUUCCCAAACCAAAGAAAGUUUCUGGCUCAAAAUCCCAAAAGAAGCAGGGUAACUCUCAAACUGCAGACACUGAAACAGGCAGGCAGAAGCACAGCAGCCGGAGGAUCCCUGCUAUGGAUGUCGACAAUAUCUCAACACAAUCAAGUAUUGAUUUUGAGAAACCAAGACGCAACCUCAGGAAGGUUUCAAGCCAUCCAGCAGAUUCAAUGCAGGAACAUCCACAAAAUGAGCUUGAGAAAGUAAAGCGUAGUCUGAGGAAGGUUCAUGCACCUGUAAUGGAGGGAAAUGUUCAGCCUGAGGUUGACAGCGAGAAAUCAAAGUGCAGUCUAGGGAAGGCAUCGAGAUCUUCAGAUCAAGAUGUUCUGGAGCAGUGCGUGAGUGAUUCUGCUGAGAAGAUGAAGGAGAAAACUGUGGCUCUGUCGAAAUUGCCGGAUAGAGAAACAACUCCAGAACCAUUAAUAGUGAAUGAGGUAGUUGAUAUUUUGCGUGAUGAUCAAACUGCAGUUGAAUUGGAGCCAUUAGAGAAUAGCGCAAAAGUAGAGAGUAUUCAUGUGACAAAUGGGCAAUCAAGCUCUGGAGAAGUUUUAGCCGGCAGUGAUAACCAGAAAUCCAUCCGGAAAGCUUCGUCAGCAAAGCAGGAACGUUCAGAAAAUGGGUUACAAAGCAAGCGUACAUUGCCAAGUUACAUGGCAGCAACUGAAUCUGCAAAGGCAAAAUUGAGAGCACAAGGCUCCCCAAGUUUUGGCCAAGAUGGGGCUGAGAAGCAUAAUGUCACCAGGCGUCAUUCGUUGCCAUCUUCAAGUAGCAGCAAAAUGAGUUCACUGUCACCAAGAGCACAGAGGCCUGUGCAUGCAAGUUGCAAAGGGGGAAAUAGAAGUGACAGGUCUCUGUUUUCAUCUAGAGAUGGGAAUGCAAGGGUUAUCCAAGCAGAAUGGAGAAGAUGAUUUAAAGGUUGAGGGUUGCUAUGAUUAUAUUGAAGGCCAACGUACUAUUGAGUGUUUUCUUGGUAUGUGUUUAGAUUGUAGAAAUGAAACUUGGAUUUGUAAUUAUGGAUGUGUGCUGUACCAAAAGCUGUUUCUGGUUUUCUUUGCAUUUGAAGAGUUUCUGUGUGAAGGUGUAUAUCAUUGGCUUCAGCAUUGUGCUAAACUGCAAUCGUGUUAACUUUAAAGUUAGUUUUUGUCGACUCAAAUUGAGGCUGUCUGGGACAUCUGUUUAUAAUGCAUCCUAGAAAUUAAACCUUUGAAAUGAUUAUCCAAGUGAUUAUUUAGUCA